AUGAAAAAAUAUUCAAUUUCCCAUUUUGGGUUUCCCAAAAUACUUCGAAUGGCUAAAAAAAGUCAUUCGCUGGUGUCCCCAUCACAAGUCUCACCUUUUUCUAAAAGGACAUUGUACACGCAUAUCAGCACGAAACAACCAAUAUCAAAAAAUACUAUUCAUAUUAAUAAUGAUUGUAGAUCAUUAUUAUCCCGUUCUUUUACUUUAAUAUCGACGAGACAUGGUUUAAAAAAUAACGAGAAUGGUUUGUCUCCGGAUUUUGGUGCGCAUCGGCGGUUUUUAUCUACCACGUUAAAAGAGAAACUUGAUACGACAGUUAAGAGUAACGAUUUGGUCUUAUUUAUGAAAGGAACUUGCGGAUUUAGUCGAGCAGUGGUUCAAAUACUUGACGCUCAAGGUGUCGAUCUAGACAAAAUCAAAACAUUUAAUGUGUUGGAAGAUCAAGAAUUGAGAGAUGGCGUAAAGACAUAUUCGUCAUGGCCGACAGUUCCUCAACUUUAUGUAAAGGGUGAAUUUGUCGGUGGAUGUGAUAUUUUACUUCAGAUGCAUCAAUCCGGUGAACUUGAAAAGUUAUUGGAAAAAGAAGGAAUAGUGCCACCUGAAGUAGAACAGCAACAAUCAUAG